GGCGGCCCGACCCGCCUCCCUGGGCGCCGGAGUCAUGUGACCCACACAAUGGCUGAACGCCUACUCCAGGCUUCCCGGCAACGCCGAGUGAAAGCCAUGACGGCCGCCGCGGGUUCGGCGGGCCUCGCAGCUCUACCCCUACUGCUGUGCGCGCUGCUGGUGCCGGGCGGCGCGUACGUGCUGGACGACUCCGACGGGCUGGGCCGGGAGUUCGAUGGCAUCGGCGCGGUCAGCGGCGGUGGGGCAACCUCCCGACUUCUAGUAAAUUAUCCAGAGCCCUAUCGUUCUCAAAUAUUGGAUUAUCUCUUUAAGCCAAACUUCGGUGCCUCUUUGCAUAUUCUAAAAGUCGAAAUAGGUGGUGAUGGGCAGACAACAGAUGGUACUGAACCCUCCCACAUGCACUAUGCGUUAGAUGAGAAUUAUUUCCGAGGAUAUGAGUGGUGGUUAAUGAAGGAAGCUAAGAAGCGGAACCCUGAUAUUAUACUCAUGGGGUUGCCGUGGUCGUUCCCCGGAUGGCUGGGAAAACAUUACAACUGGCCUUAUGUAAAUCUUCAGCUGACUGCCUACUAUGUGAUGACCUGGAUUGUGGGUGCCAAGCAUUAUCAUGAUUUAGAUAUUGAUUACAUUGGGAUCUGGAAUGAGAGGUCAUUUGACAUCAAUUAUAUCAAGGUGUUAAGAAGAAUGCUGAACUAUCAAGGUCUCCAUCGAGUGAAAAUCAUAGCGAGUGACAAUCUCUGGGAGCCCAUUUCUGCUUCUAUGUUGCUCGACCCUGAGCUCCUGGAGGUGAUUGAUGUUAUAGGAGCUCAUUAUCCUGGGACCCACACAGUAAAGGAUGCGAAGUUGACUAAGAAGAAGCUUUGGUCUUCUGAAGAUUUUAGCACCUUAAAUAAUGAUGUGGGUGCAGGCUGCUUGGGCCGCAUAUUGAAUCAGAAUUAUAUCAAUGGCUACAUGACUGCCACAAUUGCUUGGAAUUUGGUGGCUAGUUACUAUGAACAGUUGCCUUACGGACGAUGUGGGUUGAUGACCGCUCAGGAGCCAUGGAGUGGGCACUAUGUAGUAGAGUCUCCUAUCUGGGUAUCAGCUCAUACCACUCAGUUUACUCAACCAGGUUGGUAUUACCUGAAGACAGUUGGUCACUUAGAGAAAGGAGGAAGCUAUGUGGCCCUAACUGAUGGUCAAGGUAACCUCACCAUCAUCGUUGAAACUAUGAGCCAUAAACAUUCUAAGUGUAUACGGCCGUUUCUGCCUUACUUCAAUGUGUCACAUCAGUUUGCUACCUUUGUUCUUAAAGGGUCCUUUAGUGAAAUACCAGAGCUACAGGUGUGGUAUACAAAGCUUGGAAGACCAUCUACGAGAUUUCUUUUUAAACAACUGGAUUCUCUAUGGCUUCUCGACAGCGGCGGCACUUUCACCCUGGAGCUGCAGGAGGACGAGCUCUUCACGCUCACCACACUCACCACAGGGACCAAGGGCAGCUACCCACUGCCUCCAAAGUCCAGGCCCUUCCCACAGGUGUAUAAAGAUGAUUUCGAUGUUGAUUACCCGUUUUUUAGCGAAGCUCCGAAUUUUGCUGAUCAGACUGGCGUCUUUGAAUACUUUACGAACAUCGAAGACCCUGGGGAGCAUCGCUUCACAUUACGCCAAGUUCUCAAUCAGCGGCCCAUUACUUGGGCUGCUGAUGCGUACAACACCAUCAGUAUUAUAGGAGAUUACAAAUGGUCCAAUCUGACUGUAACGUGUGAUGUUUACAUAGAAACUCCUGAGAAGGGAGGCGUGUUCAUUGCCGGAAGAGUAAACAAAGGUGGUAUCUUGAUUAGAGGCGCCAGAGGAGUUUUCUUCUGGAUUUUUGCAAAUGGAACCUACAGAGUUACAGGUGAUCUAGGUGGAUGGAUCAUAUAUGCUUUAGGACAUGUUGACGUUACAGCAAAAAAAUGGUAUACACUCACGCUAAUUAUUAACGGCCGGUUCUCCUCUGGCAUGCUGAACGGCCAGUAUGUCUGGACGGACAUCCCUGUGAGUUUCCCGAAGAACGGCUGGGCUGCCAUUGGAACUUACUCCUUUGAAUUUGCACAGUUUGACAACUUUCAUGUGGAAGCCUCAAGCUGAUAUUCAUGGAGCACCAUGGAACCACUCUUUGGAUUUUCUUUCUUUUGUUUCUGGUUUUGGUCGAGAGCCAAUUCUUUUGAUGGAUCAAUAUUGAGCCUCUUGGAGGCUGACAAUAGUGAAGAGUAAAUGGGGAGAGAAAUACAUGUUUACUUGAUCUUCUGGAAGAUAUUUUUAGAACUAGUGCCCAGGGGAAACCGAUGAAUCUUGAACAUGACCUGAUAUGUCCCCUAACAUGCAAGCUGUGCAGCGGUCCUGUUGUGAGGAGUGGUUUGGGUGGUGCACCCCUCAAAGCCUUGGCAUUGACGCCGAGGUGGCCGUCUUCAUUGAACGGGCCAGGGAUGGCGUGGACGGCAGUAACUCGAUCAUCACAGAAACGGACCGUGUGUCUGAGUGAGCGGAUGGCCUCGUCCAGAGGUCACACCCCACCACGGGGAACUGAAGAACACUUGGAAGUGCUGCUUUUUGGAAACUACUGCAACACAUUCAUCGUAACACUCUAAAGAGUAUUUUUUUCUUUUCCUUUUUACGACGAUGCUUUUGAAUUAUAGAUAUGAUGAGUGGAUCAUUUGAAAAACGCCUCACUAAUAAACUACCUCUAAAGCUAGUCCUGCAGUCAUCAGUGUGAGCAGAUUAACUCGGCUGUCCGCAGUUUUUAAUUCUUUUAAAUCCAACCUUUAGUCUUGUAACCUGUAAAGCUCUCUGUGAACAUUUUCCCAAGUGGCUGGACGGAGGACAAAAAUCCCACGUGGACAGUGCUGUUCGCGAGUCGACCGGCGAAGCUGUAGCAGUUCUCUGGUGUGUCAUUUCAUGGUGCCUUUUGCGGCCUGUCGUCUUGUGUGCCACGGGUGAAGGACUAACACAGCUCAUGACUUCUCCCUGUGCGUGGAAGAAGGGCAACACUGAGCUUCUGCCAGUUCGUAGAAUUGGAUCAUUCUCUAAUAGUCGUGUGAUUAGAUGCAUUUAUUUCACGAAAGUACAAAUGUGUUUAUAAGGAAGUGUGGGGAGCAAAUUUCUCAUGCAGUAUAAUUUAUAUCUAAGCAUUAAUGAACCUCCUAGAAAUACCUCCAUUGUUCAUGUCAAUAAAGUAAAUUCUAGAAUUCUCUAAAGUGAAAGUUCAAAACUUCACUGGACUAAUUCUAGGAUUUUGGAAUUUGUAAUGGAUUAACAUAGGCUAAACUGACAUGAAGUUUCAUAUUUCUGUUAAAGACAAGAAGCUAAAUAUUAGAAUAUAUCUAAUAGAGAUAUAUUCUCUUACAGAGAAAAAGUUUUAAUUAAAACCAACUCUAAGUGAUUUCCACUUCAGGACUACAUAUUUUUUUUAAGUUAACUUUAUUGUGGUAUAAUUUACAUACAAUAAAGUGUGCCCAUUUUAAGUAUACUGCUCAGUGAGCCUAGACAAGUGGAUACACCCACAAAACCAACACCCCAGCCAAUACGGAAUAUUACCAUUACCCAUUACCUAUUACCCAUUACCCUAGAAAGUUCUCGCGGCACCUAGGCAGUAAUAGCCUCUCACCUGUCCCCAUCUCAGGCAACUGUCGAUCAGGUUUCUGUUGAUACUGAUAAGUUUUCCUUGUUCCAGAACAUUAUAGAAGUGAUAUACACUAUGUACCUUUUUGUGAACGGUUUCUUUCAUUCAGCGUAAUGCUGCUGAGAUUUGUCUAUGCUGCUAUGUAUAUCAAUGGUUUGCUCCUUAUUUCGAAGAUUCCAUUGUAUGGUUAAACCACAAUUUGUCCAUUCUCCUCCCUUUCUUUUUGGAAUUACAAAUAAACCUGUUAUAAACAUUC